CGGCGGCCGCCCGGAAGUGAGCGAGUGCGCGCGGCGCUGUUGCUGCUCGCCUGACAACAGAAACAUGGCUGCCUCUGCACCAGGCGGCAGGGCAGCCCGCCCGAGCCGCAGCAGCCGGCAGGAGGACGGCGAGGAGCCUUCUUCACAGCCAUGGGAGAUGAUAAAACCAUCCAUUACGGAGCUAACCAAAGAGGUGCGGACAAAUAUCCUCUGCACCGUGGAAGGAUGUGGCAAGAUUCUCCCCAAUACUCCUGCCCUGAACAUGCAUCUUGUGAAGUCGCACAGGAUCAAGGACGGUCUGGUCAAUCCAACAGUGAGAAAAGAUAUGAAGGGAUCCCAGAAACGUUAUUGCUGUCCAAUCGAAGGCUGCCCAAGGGGACCAAACAGACCUUUCUCUCAGUUUUCCUUGGUUAAACAGCACUUCAUGAAGAUGCACGCUGAAAGGAAACACAAGUGUCCCAAGUGCAGUAACUGCUACAGCACCGAGUGGGACUUGAAGCGACACUCAGAGGACUGUGGGAAGGUGUACUGCUGCACCUGCGGCUGCCCCUAUGCGAGCAGGGCGGCGCUCUUGUCCCACAUCUACAGGACCGGACAUGAGAUCCCUGCAGAACACAGGUAUCCGCCAGUUAAAAAAAGAAAAAUGGAAGGAUCCUUAAGUGGAGCAAUGAAAUUAAGACCCAAUGAGCAGGUGUUUCAGAUUGUUAAUAUUGAAAAAGAGCUUUCUGAGGUUUUUGUGUCAGCUAAUGGAGCCUGUCAGUCUCACUCAGGGAAUCAAAACCCUAAAUCAACGAUCAACAUUCAAAAACGUCUAUUGCCAAAGCCAAAGGUUGCCUUGGUGAAGGUUCCUGUGAUGCAGUUUACCCAAUUGCCAAUUCUUGUAUCCCCAGCAGACAGCUCAGUCAAGCCUUUUGUCCUGACAGUUGACAAUCAAGGGUCCUUAAUGAGCACUGUUAACCUUCUGUCCCCGUCAGUGGGAGCCAUGAUACCAACUCUGGACACAAAAGCUUUGACUUUCAGAGACACCAUGUCAGCUUCAAGGUUCAGCAUAGAACCUGUUAGCACCGGUGUGCAAGUGAAUUUGGAAACCAUGGCUUCUGGAAAUGUUUUAAAUUAUAUGGGCUCCAGGAGUAAAAGUACUUCCACCAACAUUCAGACAGAUAUAUCUUAUCUUUCCAAGGUUUCUAUACCAGCAGCAUCUUGUGCUAUCAGUGAGUCCUUGGUUUCGUCCUGCUCCCAAACUGACAUCAGUUUCAGUGCUCAAGUGCUGCUCCCUGUUAAUGUGGAGACACAGACAGUCCCCUCUCUGACUAAGGUAAUGUCUUCCAUUGGUGCACAGACAGACACUUCUGGCCAGGCGUGCUUCCCAUCAUGCAGCAUCAACAGAGAAACUCAAACCAACGCCGCCACAAGCACAAUGGUGGACAGAGAGCAGGUGGACCAAGCUAUAAUGUGCACCAACCUUUUUGAUAAUGAUUCCUUGCCAUCCUUCAGCGUGUCUACGCAAACCGGCAUGAAAGACAGCCGUUUAGGAAUGAACACUGUGAGCGAGCAUCGGAAUUCCAGGGACAGUUCCAGCUUCUAUGACGAGAAGCCAGGUGGUGUGAUGUGCUUCAGUGCUCAGACCGAUUUGCUUCCGCAGAACCCUGUUGCUGACAAUCAGACUCAGACUAUGAACUUAUUCAGCGAUCUGGAGAACAUCCUGUCAGAUAGCUUGGCAGGUCAUGCUUUGGACAGCCGUGGUGGAUUGUCAGAUGCCACAACAAGCUGCGAAGCAGGUCUGACGUCUGUCCAAGGACAAAACACAGGCAUUGACUUUGAUAUUGAAGAGUUCCUUAAUGCUGCACAUAUACAAACCCAAACAGAGGAGAGCGAACUUGGCACUUUGAGCUCCGAACCUGCUUUGGAGUCCCUUGACAUUGAAACCCAGACAGAUUUUUUGUUUUUUGACAACCCAGCACCACAUUACGGGAAUCCUAGGACUCAGUCAAAUGACAUAGGACUUGAGAUGUUUGACACACAGACGCAAACAGAUUUGAAUUUCCUGUUGGACACCAGUAGUCACAUACCGCUGGGGAAUUUUCUGAAGCAGUCUAGUUUUUCUAUGAGCACAGAGUCCUCUGAUACAGAGACACAGACUGAAAUCAACUCUGUGUCUCAGUGCAACACUAAUGAAAGCCAAGUGAAGCUAAGCAGUACAGAGACCCAGACAGUGUCAAGCUCUUUUGAAUGUCUAGGGAAUCUAUUCUUAACCAGUAAUGAGACCCAAACUGUUAUGGAUGACUUCCUUAUAGCCGACAUGGCCUGGAACACCAUGGAGUCCCACUUUAGCUCAGUGGAAACUCAGACAUGUGAAAAGCUCUAUUCUCUGUUUCAGCACUCUGAGAAAACCAGUAGCUGACUUGCUUGUGUUGUCCCAUGUGGAUGUGAGCCUCUGGAAAUAGAAAAGAUGACUUUAGAGCUAUGAUUAAUUUAAAGACCCAGUGUUUUGCCUUUAGUUUAUUAAAUAUACAGAUCUUGGUUGGUACCUGUUAGUAAAGGGCUAAAUUUUCAACAAAGCAAGUAGAAACAUUUUCAUUUAUAUGUACUGUAUUGUUCUUAUUUCAAUCCUUAUUCCUAUGAACAUUUUUCUGUAUUAAGUAUUUUUGCUUCUUUUUGUCUUCAAUUCUACAAAAACACUCAUGUUCUACAUGAUUACUGUGUUAACAGUCCUAUCAGUGUUAUCAUUUUAUUAAGGCUUCUGAGUCUUUAAAGUUUAAAUGCUAUUUCAACCCACAGAGGUAUAAUGGAAUUCAAUAUCUCAUUUUUGUUGCUGUCUUCUUUCAAUUCAUACAGACUUGGUCAUAGUAAUGGAUCACUACCCUAUUUUGAAUAUUAUUGUAUGAUGGGUUUACACCAUCUAAUACCAUUAACCCCAAAACUUUAAUUUUCAUUUGGUGUUAAAUAGGCAUUGUAAACCUUUAGCAUCUUCGGAUACUAGGUUAUUUCUUUAGUGACUGAUGUGUGUUUCCGUUUCAUUUUAACUAGUAGUAAUGCAUACAGUAACUGCAUAGUAUCAGCAAAUGUUCUACAUACUGAAAGGAGAAUGCUUUACAUUCAGUAUCUCUAGAAAUAGGACUCACAUUCUUACCACUAUGAAUGGAAGCUGAUCAUUAUAAACACUGCAGGAUUUGUAACAGCUUUUAGCUGAAUAACCAUUGCUAAAGCCUUUGUCCCUUGAAACUAUGUUCCUGAUCUUCACUCUUUUUAAAUAUAUUCAAAUAAUCUGCACUUUAUUUCUACCACUUCACCAUUGUUUUUUUCUAAAGUGUUUCCCAAAGAUACUUUUUCUAUUAUCUUAAAAUUAUUUCUUCACUUGGUUAAGAAAUGGUUGUUUUCUCCAUGUUGAUGUAUUUUACUACUAAGACCAUGACAACACUGGAAUUUGACUUGUAUAAGUACACUAAUAUUGAUUUUUCUUUGCAUAGAUAUUAUUUUUUCUAAUAGUGCUUAGGCGGUAGCCUCAAAUACAUUGUAUUUACAAAUUUUGGUUUUAAACCUGAGACCUGAAAUUUGUUAAAUUUACAAAGUUGAAACAUUUUACUUUAAAAUCUUGCAGUGUCUUAAUGCAAAGGAUUACAGUUUGAGAGUGCCUUAUUUGUAAACCAUUAAGUUUGUUUAAUUAUUUGAUAUGUUCUUUGAACAUCAUUUAUGAACAUUUAAUAAAAUACACUGUGCUGCUUUUAUUUAGGAAAAUAUUCCACCAUCUUGGCAUGAAUCUCCACCUUGAAAUGUCAUUAGUUUUGGUUUUAAAAGAUUUGGAUUGCAAUUCAAAACUUCUAACCAAGUACAUUGCUUGGAUUUAGUUUUCUGAAGAUUUCCAUUUUUGUCAUUCAAUAUUUUCAUCACAGAAUAGCAAACCUAAAGCUCAAAUGUUAAAUGUAAAUGUUCUGCAUUGUUUUUGUUCAGAAGUAUAAAUGCAUUGCAGAUUCCUGGAUUUCAUGAAUGCUGUGCAGAAUUACUACCAAAUGGGAUUGUUAAGACUGAAAAAAUUCUUUACAGCAGAAUGUUGGUUUUGGUCCUGUGGCCACCAACCACAGUGGAGCCCCAUGAUGUCUUAUUUUCUUUGCACUGCAACCAGAAGAAACCGAAACAUGAAAUAUGAUUGUUUCCCUUGUGUAUUGAAUGAAUAAAGGAACGCUAUAGAUGAAACAUUAUUGUACAGUUCUGAAAAUGACACUUCUGUUAUAAUUUAUUGAAGAUUUACUUCUUGUAAAGACAAUGUAAUGAAAAUGUACAUACAGUAUGAUGAUGUAAAGUUUGUAAAAUUAUUUCUCUCUGUAGAGAAUGCAUGCAAUCUGUUUGUGCCAAAAUAUUUUAGUAGAAUUUCAUCUCUUCGUAACUGCAAGUACAAUACACAUCACUUAAAUGUUAAUUUUUGUAACUUUUUUUUUACUUUCAGAUGCUGUAUGUUCAUUUGUCAAAGCUAUGCAUUAGUUGCACAAAAUAAAAAGAUGCAGUCUGUUGACCAUUCACCCUGAAA